AUGGCGAUUCCGACCUCACAUAUGGAUAGGCCGGACUCUAUGGGAUGGUUUUUCACAAAGACGGGGCUGUACACGGUUAAAUCGGGGUAUAUGUUCGCCCAAGACAAUCCCAUGAUGAUGUGGGUGCAUGAUUACGAAGUCGGGGUUUGGGCCUUAUCCCCGAUUCCCACGGCUAUCACCAGUUUCCCAACAGAAGUUCGCAACGACAAGGUAUUUUCUAAUGGGGAUUGGGACCCACAUGAGAUUAUCAAUCACGCGGCAGCGGAGGCUUCGGCUUGGGCACUGGCUCAGAAACGACAAGACUCAAUGGGUCCGAAUUUAACGGCCACAGUGGAUAAAAUUUCCUCGGGUGACAGAUGUGAGGUGGAUGGAUCUUGGAAAGAAACGGACCCUCGGGCAGGAUUAGGAUGGUAUAAUUUUAAUAUGGAGACAAGCGAGAAGCUAUUGGGCACAUGUAAUCUGUGGCGGGGAGUAUCUCCUCUUCAAACAGAAGUGGACGCUCUCUUAUGGGCAAUGCAAUGUAUGAUGCGGCAUAACAAGUUGGCAAUGGUGUUUGAGAUGGAUUUCUCCGACGUGGUAAAGAUGGUAUCUAAACCAGAGAAGUGGCCAGCAUUUGCAAUCCUACUAGAAGAAAUUUGA